GUUGCAGGGGUGGCCAGACCGUUGGCAGCCGGGGAGUGCUGCCAUACCACUGAUAAGUAGAAAACACGUGUGUGUGCGCAUUCAUUUUGGUGGGACAAGCGUGCGGCUAGUAAUUAAUUGCGGACCGAAAAUAUUGACGAAUAGUUGCAUUAAUCAUGACAGACCUGCUAAAGAUAGCCGAUGCAAUCGUACUGGAGUACUUGCAGUCCAAGGACAAGAACCUGGCCAAGGUUUUCCAGCAGAAGACGAAGGCGGCCAGUGUCGCCAAAAGCAGCCCAAAGUUGAGUGAAAUCCUUCAGUUCUAUCAGACCAAGAGCCCCAACAAGAUCCCAGCAAUCAAGGCGACAGCCGGCGACUCCAGCGAGGACAGCGACUCAGACUCUGAGUCCGAUGCGGCGCCUAAGAAGCCAGCGGCAGCGCCUGCACUAACAAACGGCAAGGCUGCCAAAAAGGCAGCAUCUUCCACCAGCGAGGACAGCGAUUCAGAGGAGGAGAAGAAGCCAGCAGCAAAGGCCACGCCGGCCAAGGCAGCCGUCAAGAAGGCAAAAUCCUCCAGCGAGGACAGUUCCUCGGACGAAGAGGCACCCAAAAAGGCUGCUCCAGUGAAGCCAUCUCCGGCCAAGGCGACUCCCGCGAAGAAGGCCAAGUCCAGCAGCGAGGAUAGCAGUUCCGACGAAGAGCCGGCAAAGCCCGUCGUCAAGGCCACACCGUCUAAGGCUGCUCCCGCCAAAAAGGCCGACUCCAGCAGCGAAGAAAGCAGCUCCGAGGAGGAGGUUAAACCAGCUGCCAAGCCUGUAGCCAAGGCUGCACCGGCAAAGAAAGCAGCAUCCUCCAGCGAGGAAAGCGACUCCGAUGAGGAGCCAGCCGCUAAGAAGCCUGCCAUCCAGCCUGCCGCAAAGCCAGCUCCUAAGGCAGCCGCUUCUAGUUCCGAAGACAGCACCUCAGAGGAGGAGGCCAAACCCGCUGCCAAGGCGGCUCCUGCUAAGAAGGCGGCUUCCCCUAGUGAUGAUAGUUCCUCUGAAGACGAGGCACCCAAAAAGGCAGCAACUCUCGCAAAGCCCAUUUUGACUAAGGCUGCUCCCACCAAAAAGGCCGACAGCUCCAGUGAGGAUAGUUCUUCGGAAGACGAGGCUCCCAAGAAGGUAGCUCCAGCAAAGGCCACGCCAGCUAAGGCAACUCCUGCCAAGAAGGCAGAUUCCAGCGAUGACAGCUCCUCGGAAGAAGAGGCCCCUAAGAAGGCAGCUCCAGCAAAGGCCACGCCAGCUAAAAAGGCCAAGUCUUCAAGCGAAGACAGCGACUCCGAUGAGGAAGAAGCUCCCAAGAAACCAGCCGCGAAGACCGUUGCAAAGGCUGCUCCAUCCAAGAAAGCAGAUUCCGAUGAUUCUUCGGAAGAUAGCGAUAGCUCAGAAGACGAAAAGCCAGCAAAGGCUGCUCCCAAGGCUCCGGCCAAGCCUGCAAAGGCUGCCUCCUCCAGCAGUGACGAUUCCAGCGAUGAAGAAACGCCGGCAGUGAAGCCAGCUGUCAAGAAGACUGCUGCUCCUGCUAAGAAGGCUGAAAGCAGCAGCGACGAGAGUGACUCUGGUGAAGAGUCCGGCGAGGUCAAGCCCAACUCGGCUACCAAUGGCAAUGGAAAGCCCGCUCAGAAGCGCAAGUUUAGUGGUGGCGACCAGGACGAGGCCACUCCCAACAAGAAGUACAACAACUUCGUCAAAUCGGGAGAGCAACAGAAGAAUGACUUCACCUCCACACCUAACAACACCUUCAGCCGAAACCAUAAUAUGAACAAUAGCGGAGGGGGAAGUGGGCGACGGUCGCCCUUCCGAAGGGUACGCACCGAGGACGUGGUGGUGGACUCCCGAGUCCAGGACAUGUCCUUCGAGGCGAAGAAAAACGCUGCCGGAUCCUGGGGCGAGCGAGCCAACAAGGAUCUGAAGCACACGCGCGGCAAGUCCUUCAAACACGAGAAGACCAAGAAGAAGCGCGGCAGCUACCGAGGUGGCCAAAUUGACGUGGGAGUCAAUUCAAUAAAAUUUGACUAGAUUUAUAUACACCCAUAAAAUAAUACUUAUUCUAACGGAUAUGACUAGUCUGUAAGCAAAAGAGUAACUAAGUGUAAUAGUUUCUUUACGCAAUAGUUCCGCCACAUGUAAAUUCUUUCCAAACUCUUGAUUGACUUCGGGAAGUCCGUACUUCCGUUUUAAUGUGAAUUAUUCGAGUGCAAAUUGGCGGUCGACAAACCCGUGACCAAGCUAAUGGUUAUUAUGACUUUAGCGGAUUAAACCCUUUCUUUUCCUGAUCGGACGGAAUGAAACCCGAAUGCUUUUCGUGGAUUUUUUAUAAGCCUUUUAAGACUUAAAACCCUAUACAUUUCUAUUGUAUAUUAUAUAUAUUUAUAAGGUUCGUAAAAAAUAAGUUAUUUUCCAGACGCUUGGGUUAAAUAAAGGGUUGACUAUUCCGAUUAGCACAUAAGUCAUUUUCCGCUAACUUGUGGCGAUAGCCGGUUUAUGAAUGCUUAUGACAACUUCAAUAUGUAAAAGAUUAAUUUGUUUUGUCACAUUGGACAAUGUAUUUAAUUGAACGUAGAAAACACGCAAAGAAAUACAUGUGUUUUUUAAUAACUGAA